GGUUGACGACAUAUAAAUGAAUUAUGAGCUAUAAGUGCUUGAAAAAGUACAUCAUAAUAUAGCCGAGACGCUGAGGAUCUAUAGUAUCAAUAACAUGGCGAAGGGACCAGUUGACCCCAGGGAGAUUCUGAAAGGCGUUGAAGCCCUGCUGGGAAAGGAUGGUGAGCUGCGCAGUCUUGAGGGAGUCCCGAAGGUGUUUAGCUUGAUGAAAGCUUCUACUAAGAUGGUCAGUAGGUGUAUGUACCUCAACGUGCUGCUGCAGACGAAAUCUCAUGAUAUUCUUAACAGGUUCAUCAGAGUUGGUGGUUACAGGCUGCUCAAUUCCUGGCUUACCUACUCAAAAACCACCAACAACAGCCCUCUGCUUCAGCUCAUCCUGCUCACACUGCAGAAGCUGCCCCUUAAAGUAGACCAUCUCAAACAGAACAACACAGCAAAACUUGUAAAGCAGCUGAGCAAAAGUGCAGAAACAGAAGAAUUGAGAAAGUUGGCAGCUGUUUUGGUAGACGGUUGGAUGGCAACAAUUCGUUCUCAGAGUGUCUCAAGCAGCAGCAGUUCCCCUGCUGAUAAAAAAAAGAAGAAGGAAGAGAGCAAGAUGGCAGUGAGGGAUGUGAAGGAAAAGAGUGGAGAUGAGGGGAGGAAGAAGGAAAAAUCCAAAGCUCAUGCACCCAGCCAUACAAAGAUUCGCUCCAUAGGUCUGGAGAUGGAGGCUUCCAACCCAACUCCUCCUAAAAAGACGUCCUCUGCACCACAGCUGGGUGAGAAAUACAUCAUAAAGCCCCCGUUACUCAAGAGGCCGAGUAGUUCUGGUCCUUCAGAUGCUCCACCUCUUGAGAAAAAAUACAAACCUCUCAAUACGCCUUCAAAUGCAACCAAAGAGAUCAAAGUGAAGAUAAUUCCAGCACCACCAAUGGAAGCUACAGGCUUUCUGGACGCCCUGAACUCAGCCCCAGUGCCUGAGAUUAAGAUCAAAAAGAAGAAACCUCCUGGUGCUUCUAUUCCUGCUAACACCAAAGCUGUCUCACCAACAUCAACCAAGACAAACCCAUUUGACAGCAAACCAGCUGGCUAUUCUCCAUCUUCAGCUAGACCUGCAUCCCCAGAAACCUCUGCUGCCUCGAUUGCUGCUGAUGAAAACCAGGAGCCAGAGCAACCUUUGACCCCAAUUCCUGCUGAGGAUCCAGACACUGCUGACAACACUGAGAAGCCCAACGCCUUGGCAGAACCGCGUGCAGACGAGGAGAGCCUGACCAAGAAGGGGAAAAAGAAAAAAACCGUCCACUGGGCCGAGGAAGAGCAGCUCAAGCACUACUUCUAUUUUGAUUUGGAUGAGACAGAGAGAGUCAAUGUCAACAAGAUCAAAGAUUUUGGUGAAGCUGCCAAGCGGGAGCUUAUGAUGGACAGGCAAACGUUUGAGAUGGCUCGUCGGCUUUCACAUGACACCAUGGAAGAAAGGGUCCCCUGGACACAACCCAGGCUCCUGACGCUGGCGGGCAGCUUGGUGACCCCAGGGGCCAACAGCACAGAGAAACACACCCAGAGAGAGCGUGAGAUGGGCAUCCUACAGGAAAUCUUCCUCAGUAAAGAGAGUGUACCUGACAGCCCUCAUGAGCCAGACCCAGAGCCGUAUGAACCCAUGCCCCCCUGUCUCAUUCCUCUGGACGAGGACUCGUCUAUGAUAGAUGAGGACUACGGUGAGCCUGCAGACGCCGCCUCCCAGCAGGCCCAGAGUGAGAGUUCCAAGCUGCCGCCGGUCCUGGCCAACCUCAUGGUCAACCUGAGCAGCAGCUCCCGCAGCCCCCAGGCCUCCAGCGCCACAAGCAACCCUGCAGCUCCAGUGGUCAACGUACAGGAGCUGCUCUCAUCCAUCAUGGGAGCUUCUGGUGGUCAGUCUACUGAAGAGCUGAUAAAGCAGCCAGACUUCUCCGAUAAGAUCAAGCAACUGCUGGGUUCCCUGCAGCAGAGCCAGAUCCAAACGCAGGGAGGACCACCUCCAGUCAACUUGGGGCUGCUAGGACAUGGCCCAGGCAUGAACAACAUGACCAACAUGCACAUGCAAGGGCCCAUGAAUGGUGGAUACCCACCCAACAGCUCACCUGGGGGUCCUCGCUUCAACCAUCCCCCUCCACCUCACAACCAUGGGCCGCCUUUCAAUAACCCUGGAGGCCCUCGCAUGAUGGGGCCCCGGCCUGGACAGGGCAGAGGAGAGAACGGGAACUACUGGGGAGAGGACUCCAUGAGAGGAGGACCACACAGAGGAGGACAUUUCCACCGAGGAGGCCGGGGUCGCGGUGGAGACCUGGGUUUCAGAGGCAGGGGCCGUGGAGGGCCCAGAGGAGGACACAACAACAUGAAUGAUAUGUCCAAAAGGCCGGUAUGUCGUCACUUCAUGAUGAAGGGAAGUUGCAGAUAUGAAAGUAAUUGUGCUUUCUACCACCCUGGUGUGAACGGCCCACCUCUACCACCCAACUACCCAGCUAACCAACACAAUCAGCACGCACAGCAUGGCCACUAGGGGACACUGUCAUCACUCCCCAUGUCGUCUACAUCCACAGUGGCAGACUGACUGCAGUUAUGCUGAUGAAUCACUGAGAUCUGACUCUGCAGACAGACGCUUUGAGACUACAGCAAAUAGAAUUUGUGCAACAUGAUCAGAGAUGGGACACGAGUGUAUUUGUUGUGAUUUUGUUUUAUUGUUUUCCUUGAUCUGUGAGACUGAGAAAAGACCUGACCACUAUAUUUGAGUUGCUGCAGCUAUUUAUAGGCUCACUUUGCUCUGUGCUUCAUGCCGUGAAUAUCAUUGACCAAAAUAUUUUUUCAGAAUUUUUUUUAGAACAAAACAUCCCUCUUAAUUUGGCUUUGGAGUUUGUGCCAAAUAUUAUGCUGCUGUAGGAUUUUUUUUUUCAGUUAAUCCCAUCCCCAGUGUAGUUUGGACCAAGGAUAUUCACUGAUGAAGGUUAGUGAAACAGAACGCAGUCAGAUUGUACUGGGCUUAGCUCAGCAGCUAUAAUUUUUUUUCUAAUCCAACAAAGCAGGUCCAGCUUUUUUCAAUUUUUAUUUUUUCUGUCGCUAAUAUGAAAUGCUAGCAGAUGCUAGAAAAGCUGAGCAGUGUGCUACAUGGAUAUUUUCUGCAUGCACUCGCCUGUAUUUGUGGGUCUAAAGUGACAAUCUUGGCAUAACUGUGGUCAUUAUUGUUGAGCUACUGCUUGUAACUUGUGUACUCUCAUGUAAACCCAGAAAGGGUUUGUGUUGUCAGUGUUAGAGAUGAUGUAUCCGUCUGUGGGUCACAUAUAACAAGUGUUUUCUGUGAAAACAAUGAUUUUUUUUUUUUUUCGUCUCUUGUGGGACUUUGCGAAUGUAAUGUUAAACGUUGCUCCCUCCAAACAUUUUUGUUUAUUUUUUGAUACAGUCUUGGCCUUCGAA